AUGGAACAGCAAAUACCCCUCUCCCACGAAGCCUCGGCCGGCGACACCAACAUGCGCAUCACCAACUCCCUCCCAACAGAAGUAGUCCAAUGCCUCGAAAACGCCCGCUUCCUCCACCUGGCCACCUGCCACGACAACGUCCCCCACGUCUCCCUCAUGAACUACACCUACCUCCCCUCCUCCCCCUACGGCAACAACCUCCCCGAAAUCGUCAUGACCACCAACCCCGCCUCCAAAAAGAUGAACAACCUCGCCGCCAACCCCAACGUUUCCCUCCUCGUCCAUGACUGGGUAUCCCACCGCCCAACCACAAGCUCCCAAUCCCGCCGCCUCUCCAACGGCCACUCCCCCGCCCGCGCCGAUCCCCCCUCCUCCCUCGCAGCCCUCCUCUUCAACCUCAACACCUCGGCCGUCUCCUCCAUCAGCGCGACCAUAAACGGGUCCGCUCGCCUGGUGGAGCGCGGCAGCGAGGAGGAGAAGUACUACCAGAAUAUCCACCUGGCCAAUAACACUUUUGAUUCCGCCGCUGGCCCGGCCGAGGAGAGCACAGCGAGGGAAGACGACGAGCGGGCGAGGUUACAUGAUGCGAGGGUGAUUGUGGUGGGGAUAAAGGACGUCAGGAUUGCGGAUUGGAAGGGCGCGGUGAGGGAUUGGGUGAUUUCGGGCGAGGGGGAGGAGAAUAGGGGGCAGGUUAAUGGGAUUUAA